AUGGGAUCAGGAAAUGAUUUGGGAAUGGAUCGCAAAAAUGGCGGCGAGGAGCUUGAAGACCCAAAUUAUUUACAACGAAAUUCUACAACCAUACAAACUCCAAUGAGCAAUAAUGGUACAGAUAUCAAAUGUGACUACAUUAUCAAUCACAAUUAUACCGGACGCGCUGUGCAUCAUAUAUUCGAAGAAUUGUCUAAAGAAGAUAACAAAGAAGAGAAAAACGAAGGGAAAAAUGUAGAGAAAAACGAAGGAAAAAAUGAAGAAACGAAGGGGAAAAAGAAGAGAAAAAAGCAGAAGAAAAGAGCAAAAACCGAGGAAAUCCAUAUGUCAACGCCUGGAUCAGCUAUCAAGCUGGAUGAACAUUCUGAAGCCAGCCCGCAACAAACGUCCCAUAGCCGUGAACGUGUCGUGGAAGACCAAUCGCAAAAGAAUAAUAGCCUCUUUCGCAGGUAUAUCCCAAGAACCACAAGACAGAGCUCGCCUGGUCAGGAUUCGACAGAAAAACGACUCGCUUCUUUUCCCGAAAGAUCAGAACGGGAAUUGUACGGAAACGAUUCCCUGGAUUCACCUAGCAAGGCUGGGGCCCAAUAUUCCAAUCAAUAUACGCGCACAAUCAAUGUGCGAACGAAACAAAUGUCAGAAUUGUCAAAGUUGCCGGAUUACAUUUGUGAGCAUCUAGAUAAAAAUAAUCGUUUCGGGUUUCACCAGAUUACAAACGAUGAUUCAUUGGACUUUGUAGAUGAAGUUAGAACAUUUGCUUAUCCCGCACAUUUCUAA